CAACCACUCGUGGAUUUAAUCUAAAAUGUUGAUCAUAUUUUAUGCACUGCUGAUGCUCAGUGUGGGAUGUCGCACAGAUGAUCGAAAGUUCAUAACGAACACAGUUACUGUUGGACAAAAUGCGACCCUGACAUGUCCUCUUCAGAAAUCUCUUCUGCACCAAGAAACCUACCACUGGAUCAGACUUGUUUCUGGAAACUGGCCGGAAUAUCUGGGAGGAACAUUUAACUUUGAUUUUGAUGGUGUUACAGAGAUAACUCACAUUACAGCAAAGCAAGAAAAUGAAGCAUUUGUUCUCCAUAUUAAUGGAACUAAGAUCAAUGAUGCUGGUCUUUAUUACUGUAUUAAAGUAAAACAGCUUAAUCUGACCUUUAUUAAAAGAACAUUUCUACAAAUUAAGGGACCAGAACCAGAUAUCACUGCUGUCAUUCAGGAGCCUCCAUCUGAGCCACUAAAUCCAGGAGACCCAGUCAAUCUGCAGUGUUCAGUCUUCUUUAAGACCGAGAAGAAAACUUGUCCAGCAGAUCACAGCGUGUUCUGGUUCAAAGCCGGAUCAGAUGAUCGUCAUCCCAGUUUUCUUUAUCUUCAUGGUAACAGUGGUGAUAAAUGUGAGAGGACUCCUGAAGCUAACACCACACAGAAAUGUGUCUACAGCUUCUCCAGUGAAGUUACCUCCUCUGAUGCUGGGACGUUUUACUGUGCUGUGGCCACAUGUGGAGAGAUUUUAAUUGGAAAUGGAACAAAAGUGGACAUCCAAGCAUCCAACCUGUGGGAUUUGAAGGUGUCCAACACAGUUAUUUUGCUGUUAGGUGCUGCUCUGACUGUGAGCCUCGUUGUUAUAUCUGUCCUAGUUUAUAAAAUCAAGAAGGCAACUUGUGGGUGUUGGAAAGAUGCUGUUAUGAACUGUGACAAUCAGCAAAUUCAACAGAGGAGUGAGGUCUCUUUGACGUAUGCUGCACCUACUUUCACACAGAAAAAAGCUUGCAGAGCUGAGAGAAAGAACAUGAAAACAUCACAGAAGGAGACAGUUUACUCUGAUAUCAGAGUUCUGGGAUAGAUUAAUAAUGCUUUCAAUUGGAUAAUGGUAGCUUUUCUCUUUUAAUAGACUGUAUAAUUUGUGCUUGAGAAGCAUUGAGGCUUGUCUUUCACCUCUUUUAUUAGUGCAGAUUCAUUGCUGAUCAUAAAAGCUACUUUACAUAUUUUUGUAUGCUUUCCAUUUUGACUGAAGUUGAUUUUUCUUUUAUUUAGUCUCUUGAGAGCAGUGUUAGGCACCUUACUUCAAAAAAGUAAUAUUUAUAGUUGCUAGUCAACAUUAUAAUAGUAAUUAAUUACUCGGAAAAGUAACAGCUCCAUUACUUUUUAAAAAAUGUUCAAAUAUGUUCCCUUUGACGGAACUAUGAAUUCCAAUAAUGAACGAAAUGGAAACCAAAAAGAAUAAAUUAAAUCAUCGACAUUAAUCUCAGGCUGCUGGAUGUCAUGUUUUUGUAUCCUCCUCAGGAGAGGUGCUUCUUGUUAUUCUAACUGCUUACAGUCACCAUGAAAUAAAAAAAAACAUUGUUUCUGGUUAUGAUGAACUUUUCUCAUAAUGUUCUUGUAUUUUAUCUCUGUGACGGAAAAGUGAUGUCUGUGGUUCCAGAUUAAAAUUCUUCCUCUGUUUUCGUUGGAGUUGCUGUUGCUGCGUCUGCUGAUUGUUUGUGUGUGAGGCUGCG